AUGGCUCAUCACACAAAUCAUUUUUUCAUACUAUUCUUUCUGGGCAAUUUGAGCUUCUUUUUGGUUACUUCUAAUGCUAAUUCCUUAGUGAAUGUGGUUAGCUUUGGGGCUAAACCUGAUGGCAAGUUGGACUCUACCAUGGCCUUUCUAAGGGCAUGGUCUUGGGCAUGCAAAUCAAAAGGAGCAGCCACAAUUUACGUACCCAAAGGAAGUUUCUUGCUAAAACAAGUGACAUUUUGGGGUCCUUGCAUGAACAAGAUCGAAUUUAGAAUUGAUGGCACUAUUGUUGCCCCUUCAGAUUAUUGGUCACUUGGUAAUUCAGGAUAUUGGAUAUUGUUCAUGAAGGUUAAUUGGCUUUCAAUACAUGGUGGAACUGUUGAUGGAAGAGGUGCUAACUAUUGGCGCUGUAGAAAAGGUGCAAACAAUUGUCCUGCUGGAGCAAGGUCAAUAUCAUUGAGUUGGUCAAACAAUGUAGUGGUUAGUGGAUUAACAUCGUUAAAUAGCAAGGCAAUGCACAUUGCUGUGGACCAUUGCAAAAACGUUGUGAUCGAAAAUGUGAAAAUCAGAGCUCCAAGUACAAGUCCCAAUACUGAUGGAAUCAACGUGCAGUUUUCAACUGGUGUUACUGUAAGCCAUGCCACCAUAAUGACUGGUGAUGAUUGCAUAUCCAUAAGCCAAGGUACCUCUAACAUGUGGAUUGAACGUGUUGCUUGUGGCCCUGGACAUGGCAUUAGCAUUGGGAGCUUGGGCACCUUCGAGGAGGAGGCUGGAGUUCAGAAUGUGACAGUGACAAAUUCAGUGUUGAGCAGAACAGAAAAUGGGGUUAGGAUAAAAUCUUGGGCACAACCAAGUAAUGGGUAUGCAAGAGACGUUGUGUUCAGAAACCUCAUCAUGCAAAAUGCUUAUCAUCCCAUCAUUGUUGAUCAAAGAUAUUGCCCCGCAAAGGAAUGUCCUAACCAGAGUUCUGGCGUGAAGAUAAGCAGUGUAUCAUAUGAACACAUAAGGGGAACUUCAGCAAGCCCAGUAGCAAUCAAUUUUGAUUGCAGCGAAAGCAACCCAUGUUGGGAUAUCAAACUGCAAGACAUAAAGCUAACUUAUUAUAAAGGAUCUGCAACAUCAUCUUGUGUAAAUGCUGGUGGAACUAACAAUGGAGUAGUCAUCCCAAGGGGUUGCCUUUGA